UGUCACCUCCUAACAGAUCAUUUCCUCCCUGCCAUUACACACAACUCAGCUUCGGCGACAUCAGCCUAACGAUCACGCACUGUACAAUGUCUGAACCAGAAAAGAAACAUUUGCCGCUUUUCCAAUAUAAGGGAUUUAACCUGAUUACAGGCAUUCAUAAUGCAGAGGAGCUCGACAAGUUGUACGAUACAGAGAUUUAUGACAGUGACAUUUUUAUAGUUACAUACCCCAAAUCAGGAACUAUCUGGAUGCAGCAGAUCAUGAGCCUGAUUGAAACUAAAGGAGUUUUGAAUGCAACGUUUAAUAUGAAUACAGCUGACCGGAUUCCUUGGGUUGAAGCAGAUAAAACCAUUCAGAAAUUUGCAUCACUUUCCCCACCUCGUAUUCAUGUCUGUCAUUUACCUUGGAACCUUACCCCAAAGGAGCUGAGGCAGAAAAAGGGGAAGAUCAUAUAUGUGUCAAGAAACCCAAAAGAUGUAUUGGUAUCGUUCUAUCAUUUUCAUAAGUUUUCGAAUAUUUUUGAAACUCCUAAAGAUUUUAACACCUUUUUAGAAAAGUUUCUUAAUGGCAAUGUGUUCUGCAGUUCUUGGUUCAAUCACAUCAAAGGAUGGUACACGCACAAAGAUGAUUUCAACAUCCUGUUCCUGUCAUAUGAAGAAAUGAUCCAAGAUUUAAGAUCAUCAGUGAAAAAAAUGUGCACAUUUUUGGACAGGAAAUUGAGUGAUGAGGAAAUUGAUAAUGUUGUAGAGCACAGCCAAUUCCACACAAUGAAAAACAAUUCUUUUGCUAAUUAUCGGCAAGUCUGCCCAGAAAUAUUUGACUAUGACAAAGGAUCAUUUAUGAGGAAAGGAAUUGUGGGCGAUUGGAAGAAACAUCUGACAGUGGAACAGAAUGAGAAAUUUGAUGAAGUGUUUCAGGAAAAAAUGCAGGAUGUCCCUAUAAAGUUCAUAUGGAGAAACUGAAUAAAGGAAGCACUUUCCAUCAGCCUCCUACUUGCACAAUUUAUUUGAGUGUCAUAUUGAAGUGUGAAACCCUAGUUAACAUUCACCAUUUGCUCAUCGUAGCAGCAAAUAAACUAUUCUUUAGUAUCUACAGCCUUUAAAGAUAAACCUGCCUUUCACAUUGUGCCUUUCAUGGUGAAUACUAUUGCAGAGACAUUUAAUUAAGCAUGUGGUACAAAGCUAUUUAAAAGAAUUGUAAAGUCGUGCACCUGUAAUGUUGGUAGAUUAGGUGUCAUGUUAAGAGUUAAAGGAAAGAUACUGGCAAGGGUUUUACUUUGACAUUUUCAUUUCCUUUAAACUAACACUCAAAUGCCAAAAUACACAAUUGCACUGACCAAAUGAUCAGGGUUAUGAGUAAAACCAGAUUAAAAAUAACAUUUUUCUCUAAACAAUAUUUCCUUUUUAUUUUCCCUUUACAAUGAUCUCUACAUUUUCACCUAAAAUAAAGCAAUACCUUUACCCAUUAUUUCUAUUAUUGUACAUAAAUGUUGUGAUUAUUUAAUAUUGUAAUAAAAUGUAAUCGUGAGCAUUUUGUAGUAUUCAGAAUGGCAAAAGAAUGUAGUUGUAAAAUCUACAUGGUUAUGGAAAAAGCAUUAUUAAUUAUGAACAGAAAUGAAAUGUUUGAAACAUAUGUUGUUCAAUGAAUUAUAGAAGCAUUAAAAGUUUAUAUUGUAUAUUUUGCCAAGAAAAUGCUUGAAGUGACUUGUUUUAAUGUGCAACCAUAUUUUUGAAACUGAAAAGCAGAACCCCAAAGAAACAAAGAGGAAAAUCACAAUUUCAGAAUUUAAGCAUUUAAUCACACUUGCUGUCUUAAUUAUUGGUACAACACUGCCAAAAAGGCCAAAUGUAUGUUGUAUUCACUUCGUUUAGUAAUUCUUGUGCUUAUUUAGUUGUUAACGAACAUUCCAUUUUCUAAAAAUGGCUAUGAAUACCAAAUAAUCAUAGGAAUUUCUAAGAAAGGCUCACAUUGCAAGUACUAUGAAUAUGAAACAAUAAUAUGAAUACAGUCGAAAAGAC